AAAUAUUGUUAAUACUUUUUAUUACUAUUAAUGUUUUUUAAAUCAUUAAAUUGUAUCUUGUUACCUUGGGAACCGAAACAUUAUAUUUCCCCAGCGUUUAUUUCGCAGUAACUGGCAACUCCGUGCCGUCAGUAGAAGCGCAGUCGCUGAUGGGGGGAGUUGACGUGAUGGUGGACCGCGUCUAUAAGCGGCUUUAAAUGGACACAAGAGUUUGACGUUGAGAUGUAUUCAUCGCAUUGCGCGGUAUUUGCAUUGGUUGCCAAGUAAUGCGUUAAUAGACGCCCGACACGCAUUAAAGAGCAGCAGGGACAAGGACGUUUUCCAGCUCUUAAAACAUGACAAUGUCCAUAACACAAGCUUGCCAAAGUCUUGCCCUGUCUACAUGGCUGCUGUCGUUCUGUUUCGUGCAUUUGUUGUGUUUGGACUUCACGGUGGCGGAGAAAGAGGAGUGGUACACCGCGUUUGUCAACAUUACUUACCUGGACCCUGUAACAUCUGAGAUCCGGACAGAGAAGACUGAGUGCGGGAGAUACGGGGAACAUUCUCCUAAAAAGGAUGCCAGGGGAUUUGUGUUCAUGCCUGCUCUUCUGCAGGACAGACAGGGGUGUGACAGCAAUACUAAAUUUCCCCUGUCCCAUCCCAGCAGUCAAUGGAUAGCACUGAUAGCUGGAGGAAACUGUACAUACAGAGAUAAAAUCAGACAUGCAGCUAUUCUCAAUGCAUCUGCUGUGGUCAUAUUCAAUGUGGGCUCCAAUGAAACCAUCACUAUGCCACAUCAAGGUAGCGGUGAUGUGGUGGCUAUCAUGAUCCCUGAGUCCAAAGGUCGUGAGAUCAUGGCUCUGCUGGAGAAGAACAUCACUGUGUUGAUGCACAUCAGCAUCGGGACACGGAACCUGCAGAAGUACGUCAGUCGCACCUCGGUGGUGUUCGUCUCCAUCUCCUUUAUCGUCCUCAUGAUCAUCUCGCUGGCCUGGCUGGUCUUCUACUACAUCCAGAGGUUCAGAUAUGCCAGCGCACGAGACCGCAACCAGAGACGAUUAGGAGACGCGGCAAAAAAGGCCAUAAGCAAGUUACAAGUGCGGACCAUCAGGAAGGGAGACAAGGAAACCGAGUCUGACUUUGACAAUUGUGCCGUGUGUAUUGAAGACUACAAGCCUAAUGAUGUUGUGAGGACACUGCCAUGUCGCCAUGUGUUUCAUAAGAACUGUGUCGACCCUUGGCUACAAGACCACAGAACCUGCCCCAUGUGCAAAAUGAACAUCCUCAAGGCCUUGGGCAUCCAGCCCGAUACAGACUGUUAUGAUGACAUCCCCCAGGACUAUGAGUCAUUCGGUGGUCCGCCCACCAAUCCGGUGACGGAGGCCAGUGAGGUCACAGUAGGUGAGAAUUCAGUGGUCUUGGAUCCAGCUGUCCGAACAAUAGGCCUUUCACACAUGUACCAUGAGAUUGACUCCUUUCCGCAGAUGGGAGAGAGCAGUGAACAGCAGCCGUCUGUGAGUCACCAUUCAGACACUUCCCUCAUUAUGCCUGUGGAGAUGAUCCUGUCCGACGUGGACCUUCAGUCUGAACCAGAACUUGAAGACGUGAAGUCUUGAGGGGUCACCUUCAUGCAAAUAAACUCUCUGUGCCAUAAAUGGAACGGGUCUGGAGCAAAAAAUAUUGAAAGCACACAAGAGCAAUAGCAGCAUAGGUGUGUGACAUCUUCUCACACCAUGAGCCCUUGUAUUUUGCUCUGUUACCUCUGUUAUCUUUAAGCUCAUGUUGAUGAAAAAGCCUGUCCCUAUUUGUAUGUUUGUAUUAUGGAAAUUUCGAUGGUUUCAGCUUCCCUAUGGGACCACUGCCAAUACGCACAGGAUAUUUCACAAUGAAUUUAUAUACAGAUACGUAACUCGUAGAUUUAUGCGGCCAACUACUUGUGCUUUAAAUGGUGUGAACUAGAACCAGCUUUUGUGAAAGUCCUAGGUUAUCAUAUAGUGUUGUCUCACGGGUAGGAGAAAGUGGUGCCAGUUUUUUCAAAAGUUGACAUGAGUAGAUAGAAAUAACUGUGAUUAAAGUCAUUGUUUCUAAACACAUUGUUAGAAAUGUAUUGCUAAAACACAUUACAAAGACUAUGAACUAUGUAGUACUAAAUUGUGGAGUUACGCCGUCAAUCAGUUUUUCCACAUUUCAUGUUCAGGUUUAUUUGGGCGGGGCUAAGACGGUGGCUCGAUGAUGCACUGGAGCCAUCAAGCAUGGUCCCGCCCCUAACACCAUCGCAAGCAUCCACUCUGGUUGUAGGUGUAUUUGAAAGUUGAGAGAGGCGGCAGCUUUCCCGCAGUGGGCGUGGUUUCUGCGUUGAGAAUGGACACGCCCCCAGCGUUAGAGAGCAGAGAAUGUUGUUUAUUUUUCCUAGAUUUUGAUAACUCGCAAAUAAAUAUUUUUGCGUUAAUAUAACCCAA